AUGGUUUCUCCGACUCCGUUACCAACGGGUCACCGCAAAUUCGUUCCCAAUUCACGCGUCGCAUCUCAGCCAAGUUACGAUACUGCAUCCCAAUGGCACUACAAUUCAGAGGUUCCAAACAUGAUACAAUCCAGGAUGGAGACAAGAUCUCGUACGGCGCAUGCAGAUACCAUUCCUCUUGGCGAUAGUUCAGACGAUGAAGCCCCAGAACCCAUCGCCUUCAGCAAGUCUGUACUAGCUAUUCUCACGGACUCCCUACCCCAGGAAAAACGAGCUGGAGCUGCCGCACCGCAGAACGGAUCGUCAAGCAAGAAGUGGGAUGGAAAUUCACCUCGUGGUAGUGAAUCUUCGUUAUCGUCGCGAAAGGGUGAUAGUCGAGGAGGCUCGACAAGUACCAGCCGAAACGAUGGAAGCGAUGCAAUCACACCCGCUCCUCGACAGCGUGUGGUCCGUGUAUCGCGGCCUCAGUCUGCGAAUCAAACACCAUCUCCCCCAAGACUCUCGCCAGAUCGCGAGGGCAAAUCUAAGGAUGACAGUCACCAUGAAUCACACUCUCCACUAAGACAUAGAAUGCACGUAUCAAAGGAUAGCGCUGCUUGCGAAAGAGCAGGGGCAAGAAGCAUGUUUAGGCCAAGGAAAAGUGACGAGGUUAUGGGCAUGCAAAGCUCUAUCAGGGUGAAGCGCGUGGGCAAGCUGACUGGCGAAUUUCUAAAUGGCCCUGCUCGGAGGGGAAUGCUACCCCGACGUAGCGAAGAUCAACAGUACUACGAUGAACAUGAGGAUGUCGCAGGCAACUCAGAUGCUGAAAGGGCAGAGGAACGGCAUCGUCAUAGUCCUUCUCCACCAGCAUUUGAAACUGCUGGCGUGGGAAGGCAAUCUCCCAUCGGAUCGAGCCAGCGACGCCAAUCUCCAGCCGGAGUUCGCACACCUCCACAUCAACCGCAUCACCAUGAUGAAUCAUAUAGCAAAGAAAACAAAUCAAAAGCUCCGCGUGUCUCAAGCCCAGUGUACCCUACCCCAGGCGUAGGAGCGACGUCCAGGUCAACUCCUAGGGAAUCGGCUCCUUCAGCUGAUUUUCAAUCAUAUCAUAUUCCUCCAUUAUCGCGAUUUUCUGUAAACCGUGACCAGGAAAAUGAACCACCACCAACUUUCAAGAAAUCCAAAGCUCAGCACUUUGAUAUGCUCGAUAGAGCCGACAAACACUCCCUCAAACAUGAUCAAGUCCGGAAUUCCCAUAAAUCUACCCCUCAAGACUCCGAUAGGAAACCACUGGGAAACAAGAAUGCCAAUGUUCCCACUCCUCACAGAGCUCCUCCACCUCCACCGAAGAUGACUGUGCUUGAAACGGCUACCGCUGCAGCUGGAGCAUCAUCUUCUUCCAGUUCUCGACGGAAAAAGGCAAUAGUUACUGUCAACCACAAGGCCUAUACCAGAUUAGACUGUAUAGGUCGAGGUGGGAGUUCCAGAGUGUAUCGAGUCAUGGCAGAAAACUGCAAAAUAUUUGCCCUAAAGAGGGUAAAUCUAGAGCAUGUCGACCCCACAAACCUUGCUGGGUAUAAAGGAGAGAUCGAUUUGCUUAAAAGACUGGAAAAAGUCGAGCGGGUGGUACGACUCCUUGACUAUGAAAUAAAUGACGAAAAGGAAACACUUAGUGUACUGAUGGAGAUGGGUGAAUCAGACCUUCACACCGUGAUGCGGCUUAAGGUAAAUGCGGAGGAUUCGGUAUUCGAUCCCUCAUUUGCGCGGUUUUAUUGGAAGGAAAUGCUUGAAUGUGUGCAGGCAGUUCAUGAAUAUGAUAUUGUUCAUGCAGACUUGAAACCAGCAAACUUCCUUCUUGUGAAGGGAAAACUUAAAUUAAUCGACUUUGGAAUUGCUGAUACCAUUGAGGAUCAUACAGUCAAUGUCCACAGAGAGCAUCAAGUCGGCACUCCGAAUUAUAUGGCCCCCGAGGCUAUCAUCGACUAUAAUGCCACCAUCGGUCUCCCAUCAUCUGCAGGCAAAAUAAUGAAGAUAGGGAAACCAAGUGAUGUAUGGAGUCUGAGCUGCAUAUUAUACCAAAUGGCAUACGGCAGAGCUCCCUUCGGCCACCUAGCCAAACAAAUGGAACGUGUUUUAUGUAUAGCCAAUCCAAAAGUGGCCAUAGAAUAUCCUUCCACCGGCGUUGGCGGCGCUUUAAUUCCACAGAGCCUCAUACGGACUCUUAAAAAGUGCCUUCAGAGAGAUCCCUCGCUCCGCCCAACCACGACACAGCUUUUGGAUAGAAAAGAUCCGUUUAUAUAUCCUCCCGCAUACCCUGACGGUGCAGUGCCUGUGACUCAGGAAGCUCUCGGAAUGGCAAUGGCUAAGAUAGUCAACCAUUGCCGGUUGCAUGGUAUUCCAAGAGAUGAAGAAGUAAUAGGAUGGUCUGCUGGGCUUUUCCAGAAAUUACAGGCCUCAGCUGAGCAAGGCUAUAAUCCAUGA